AUGCCGCCUGGAAUGUACCAAUGCCAAGAAGUUCCAUAUCAAGAGGGUCCCCCUCAUCCGGUUGAGAAUGUUCAAUAUGCAGAUUAUGUAGCGAAAGGGGAUGUUUCUGGGCUAAAUCAGAGAUACUGGAGACCUCAACAAGGGCAGGGUGCAUACAACCAAGGGAACUACAACAACAACAACCAAGGGAACUAUAAUAACAACUAUGAUGGACCGAACCAAGGUAGAUACAACACCAACAAUGGUAACUUUGGGAACAGAAGUUCUAACCCUUACAUUCCACCAAAAAGGCAGUCUAAUGAUCAAGGUAGUUUGAGGUUGGAGUCAAUGCUUGAAAAAGUGUUAGCAAGUCAGACAAACACUGAAAAGACAUUAUUUGGGCUAUCAGAGACAGUGGUUUCUCAUUUAGCAGCUAUUCAAAAUCUUGAACAGCAGAUGCAUGAUCUUUCUAGAGAACAGCAUCCUGCUAGAAAAAGGGGGCUUCUUAGUGAUACUAUUCCAAACCUGAAGAAUGGUGGGGGCGUGGAACGUACAUUUGCUAUUAGCAUGGGGAGUGGUAAAAUAAUUCAAGGUGCUGACAAGAAGGUGGUUGAUCUAGACCCAAUUAUUGAGGAAGAAGAGGUGCAUUCUGAUGUGCCUAUCAUUGAUGAUGAGCCCCGUGGUGAAGAAAAAGUUGCUGAUAUUCCAAAAGUUGCUGCUGAUACAAGGAAACACACGAUAAAAGGGGAUGUUCUCCCUUUGACUCAGAUGUACAAAGCAAAGCCUCCCUUUCCUCAGAGGUUGGCAAAAAAGAAUGAUGAUGCUAAGUGUCAGAAGUUCUAUAAUCAGUUGAAGCAGUUAACAGUGAAUUUUCCAUUCAUAGAUGUUGUCAAAGAGAUGCUCGGAUUUGCUAAGUUUAUGAAAAACCUGCUUACGAAGAAAAGGUCUGUACAACAUGAGACAGUAAAUUUAACUCAUCGUGUGAGUUCGAUUAUUGCUUCCACCACAGUUCAGAAUAAGGGAGAUCCAGGGGCGUUUACUAUUCUGUGUAAUAUUGGGCUUCAUGGAUUCGCCCGUGCUCUGUGUGAUAAUGGGGCAAGUAUCAACUUGAUGCCCCUUGCUAUUUUCAAACAAUCCGGAUUGGGGACACCUAGACCGACUUCUAUGCGAUUACAGAUGGCGAACGAAUUUAUCAAGAAGCCAGUUGGGGUUAUAGAUGAUGUGUUGGUGCAAGUGGGUAAGUUCAUGUUGCCUACUGAUUUCGUUAUUCUGGAUUAUGCGGUGGAUAGUGAUAUUCCCAUCAUCUCGGGAAAACUGUUCCUUGCUACGGGCAGAGCGCUUAAGGACUCUGAAAAGAAUGAGAUUAAGUUCCAAGUGAAUAAUGAAGAAGUGACUUUCCAAGCAAGCAAGGGGAUGAAGUUGCCAAGUGCUUAUGAGAGUAUCUCGAUUAUUGAUUCGUUUGAUGGGAUUGAUGAUGUUGUCGAACAUAAAAUGGAAGAAGGAAGUCUGGGUGAAGCUCUUGCUGCGGUUUUGAUGAACUUUGAUGUUGCUGAUAUGGAGGGCUACGUGGAAAUUAUAAAUGCACUUGAGGGUCUGGGUUCUUACACUUACCACCCAAGAAAUCUUGAUCUUGACCUUGCAAAUAGAACUACUCCACCAGCUAAGCCUUCUAUUAUUGAGCCACCAAAGCUUGAGCUUAAGCAGCUCCCAUCACACUUGAGGUAUGAGUUCCUUAGUCCGAACAAGACAUUGCCAGUGAUCGUUUCAGCAUUACUGACUGAGGAACAGAUUGAGCAUCUAGUGGAGAUUUUGCGCGAGUACAGAUGUGCCAUUGGUUAG